AGGAUCGAGCCAGGUGAGCCGGGCAGGAUCGAGCCAGGGGUGACCCACGAGCUGGCCAGCACCCUGGACAUCCUGCCCACCCUGAGCGCCCUGGCCGGAGCAGCCCUGCCCCGAGUGGCCCUGGAUGGCUUCGACCUGAGCCCGCUGCUCUUCGGGACCGGGAAGAGCCCCCGCCAGGCCGUGUUCUUCUUCCCCCCGUCCCCCGACCCCCUGCACGGCCCCUUCGCCGUCCGCCUGGGCAAGUACAAGGCUCACUACUACACCCAAGGCUCCUUCCACAGCGACACCACCCCGGACCAGGCGUGCCACGGGCUCACCCCGCUGACCCCGCACCUGCCCCCGCUGCUCUUCGACCUGGAGUCGGACCCGGGGGAGAACUACGACCUGCUGCAGGGCCGGGCGAGCCCCGAGGCGCUGCGGGCGCUGCAGGACAUCGCCCUGCACAAGGUGCUGCUGGAGCAGCGCCUGCAGUUCGGCGAGAGCCAGGUGGGGAAGGGCCGGGACGCGGCGCUGCAGCCCUGCUGCGCCCCCCAGUGCAGCCCCAAACCCUCCUGCUGCCGCUGCGCCCCGCGCUGACGCCCCAAAGCUCCCGGCCCCAAAGCCGCCAGCUCGGCCUCGGGGCUGCCCCGGGAGCGCUGGGGGUGGAACAGGGAGAGCCCCGAGGUGGCAGGAGCGCCAUGUGGGACAUCCAGGUGAGGCCUUGGAGGGGUCCUGACACCUUCCAGGAGGGCUCCAGUGCCUUCUCCAGAGCCAGCACAGAUCCUGGGAUACCUCAGGAUGCCUCAGGAAUGUCCCAGGAAUCCCAGCUGGCACCAAGGGCACAGCGGUGCAGUGGGGUGGGUCCUGGCAGCUCAGAGGCAGGAGCUGGUGACACAGGGGACAGCCCUGGGUGGCACCUGCAGCACCCCCACAGCCCUGGGCACUGCCAGCUCCAGCUGCUCCCGUUGCUGUCCCUGUCCGUGCCUUUUCCCGGGAAUGGCACAGCCGAGGCUGUGCUGGAGCAGCCCUGGGCUGCAGGAGUUUCUCCCUCUCUCCUCCUGCCAGGCCCAUCCUCCCCUCCCCUCCCUGGCUCCCCCUCUCUGUCCCCAAACCCGGAGCCACCCCCGCCCUUCUUUUCCCAAAUUGUCCCCUCCAGAUGGGGGUGACGUGUCCUGGUUCUGUCCCCAGGGAUCGUUUCUCCUGUAUCUGGCAGUGGGGCAUGUCCAGGUGUCACUGCCAUGGCCAAGGGACUCUCACUUGUAAUAAUAAGGGCAUUAUUCCCGGCGGGGAUAGAACGUGCAGGGUGUUACCCCAAUCACUGCUUUGCCUCACACCUUUUCUCUCUGAUAUUGCUGCAAAUAAUGGUUUGAUUCCUCAGCUGUCCCCAGUAAAUCGGUUUUAACCCCCG